AUGCCUAAGGAAGUCACCAAGCGCGGUAAGGCCGGCGAGAAGGUGAAGCAGAAGCGCAGCAAGAAGGACCCCAACGCCCCCAAGCGUGGUCUCUCCGCCUACAUGUUCUUCGCCAACGAGCAGCGCGAGAACGUCCGUGAGGAGAACCCCGGCAUCUCGUUCGGCCAGGUCGGCAAGAUCCUGGGUGAGCGGUGGAAGGCCCUCAACGACAAGCAGCGCACCCCUUACGAGGCCAAGGCUGCUGCCGACAAGAAGCGCUACGAGGACGAGAAGGCCGCCUACCAGGCCGACUCUGACUAA